AUGGCACAUCAUCAGAAUGUGCCGUUAGGUUUCCGUUUCCGCCCCACUGAUCAAGAGAUUGUGGGUUCCUUUCUCCACACCUUGUUGGUCGAGAGAAAGCCUUUGAUGCCGCCGUACAGCAACUUCAUCCGUGCCUGCGAUCUCUUUGGCAACAAGUUAGAACCUUCGGAGAUUUGGAAUAAGUACGGAGGGCCUCAACUUGUUGAUCAAGACUUAUAUUUCCUCUCCGGGCUCAAGAAGUUAACCCCGAAGCGCAUGGAUCGCAGCGUUGGCCAAGGCGGUACCUGGAGUGAAACUGAAUCCUUCAAACUCGUUGAGGACGACAAUGAAAACCCGAACCCCAUUGGCCGAAAACGAAAAUUCCGCUAUGAGAAUAAAGGGUCCGAGGAGCACACACGGUGGUUAUUGGAUGAAUAUGGUCUUUUUGUUGGUCCCAAGAAUGACUACAAUGAUCGUAGUUACGAUUUCGAUUUCGUGAUUUGCCGGAUGAGGAAAAACGAUAGGGCCUUGAGUAAGGAAAUAAAUUUAAAGCGUUCAUCACAAGAUCAAGUACAAAAGAAGAGGAGCACAAACAAAAAGAUGAAAAAAGAUCAUCAAAUGGGAUCACCGGCAGAAUCAUCAUCGCAUGUAGAACAAGGCUGCUCUUCUAGUCUAACUGGUGGUGAACUUGUG